AUGGAGAAUCAGUGCACCGCUUUGGUGGACACCCGAGACCUGGGUGGGGCUGCUUCCCAGGCGGCUCGUAGGCGUGCUGCAAGGAAGGAGGAGGAAGAGAAUAGGACCAACCUUUGCGCCUUUAUCAGUGGUCCUCAAAACUUCAUCUUAGAAGCAGCAGUGCUAGCAUCCCCUGGGAAGUUGUUAGAAAUGCAAAUUCCUGGAGCCCACCCCAGAACUACCGACUCAGAAACUCGGGGGCUAGACCCAGAAAUCUGUUUUAACAGGCCCUCAAGUGGAGGGCUCCUUCUGUACCCCAGCCAAUUAAAAGACUUGGUUGUUUUGCAGAACCUUCUCAUAUGUGUCAUCCUCUUCUACACUGUGUACUACGUGGCUCUGGGCAUGUACUGGGUGAUGCUCAAGGUGUAUGUGUUGGAUGUCCUGGCACCAUCGGACUUCAAAACAAAUCCCUCAUGGCUCAACACAAAUUAUAAAGUGCUUUUAGUCUCAUCAGAGGUCACCUACUUUGUUUGUGGAUUGCUUUUUGUUCUGGUGGUAGAAGAAUGGGUUUGGGAUUAUGGUAUUUCAGUAACUAUUCCUCAUGUUACCAUCACUUCAACUGUUCUGUUGGAAUUCCCUUUGACAUCACAUUGGUGGGCUGCUUUAGAUCAGGAAAAGAAGUUACCACGUGCAAGGCCUAGUCGGAGCCUCGGCAGCCGAGCAUGCUCAGUAGCUGGGACCGCUCUGCGCUCAGAGCCGCGUCUGGCUCGCGCUGGGCUGGCGGGGGCGUGGAGGCUCUUGCGGCAGCUGAUCCUUGCUCCUGAAAGGCUGACCUCUGCCCCGUAA